CCGCCUUCCACGCCGGGGGGCUGUCGGUGGGCACCGGCGCCGCCCCCUCCCUCCGCCCCCCUCCCCGUGCCCCAGGGGGUCCCCCCACGUGUCCUCGGAGGGCGGCAUGUCGGCGGUGGGGGCCGGGGGCCCCGGCCCCCGCGUCUGUUUCCGCGCCCCCCCGGAGGGCCAGCAGGACGACGAGGAGGGCGACGACGGGGACGAGGGGGAAGGCCCGGGCCCGGGCCCCGCCGGACGCCGCCAGGGCAAGGUCACCGUCAAGUACGACCGCAAGGAGCUGAGGAAGCGCCUCAAUCUGGAGGAGUGGAUCCUCCAGCAGCUCACGCACCUCUACGACUGCCAGGAAGAGGAAAUUCCAGAGCUGGAGAUCGACGUGGAUGAGCUUCUGGACAUGGAGAGCGACACCGCCCGCGCUGCCCGAGUCAAGGAACUGUUGGUUGACUGUUACAAACCCACUGAGGCCUUCGUCUCUGACCUGCUGGACAAGAUCCGGGGGAUGCAGAAGCUGAGCACGCCCCAGAAGAAAUGAGGGCCUCACCCCCUUCUCCCUCCCCAUCUCCUCCCAACAGGGUGAAGCGGGGAGAGGGGAGGGUCACCUCCUGGACAAUCGCUGCCCGCCGACCUCAUAACAGCAAUACCUGGGGACCCCCCCGCCCACGACGGUCAGGCCCGGUGCCUGCCAGGCCCCCCGUUCCCCUCCUGGCUGGGAGGGCCUCAUCCUCUCCCUCCCUCCCCCACCUCCUGGGUUUCCGUUCGGGGGGUUUUUUAUUGUUAUUGAUGGGACUUUUUUGUGUUUUUAUAUUGACGCUGCGGGGCAGGCCCGUUUAAUAAAAACAGGCGAUGCCUUUUGUGCAGC